AUGUCGGGUCUUCAAGGGGGUGUAGCUUCUACACAUGAGCCCCUGCGGUUGCGCCCUGGGACUCCUCUUCAUGGACUCCUUGCGGGGGUGGGACAUCUCCAGGGGGGCGCUCCUCCACGUAGGUUCCUUGGGCUCCUGGGGGGGCUCCUCCACGUGGGCUCCUCGGGCUCCCUGGGGGCUUCUCCACACGGCCCUUCGGAUUCCUGGGGGUCCUCCUCCACACAGACUCCUAGGACUCUUGAGGGAGCUCUUCUACGUGGACUCUUUGGACUUGGGGAGGGGCUUCUCCACGCGGCCUCUUUGGACUCCUGGGAGGGGGGCCUGCUCCACGUGGGCUCCUCGGGCUCCUGGGGAGGGCUCCUCCAUGCAGGCCCCUCGGGCGGCCCCCUCCUGGCGCAGCCCCUCCAACCCGCCUGCAUUGCGCGCUGGGGCCGGUGGGUAGGGCCUGGCCUGCCAGGCAGGAGGAGCCAGGGCGGAUUCGCCAGCUGGGCUGAGAUCCUGGCUGGGCGGACAGCUGCCUUUGCAGCAGUAUUGCACUGGAGCCAUAUAACGCAUCUCUUUGAAAAUGAUCGUCAUUUUUCUCACCUCUCCACAUUGGAAAGGGAGAUGGCUUUUCGUACUGAAAUGGGACUAUAUUAUUCUUACUUCAAGACUAUUGUGGAAGCCCCUUCAUUUUUGAAUGGUGUGUGGAUGAUUAUGAAUGAUAAGCUUACUGAAUACCCCCUUGUUAUUAAUACAUUAAAACGGUUCAAUCUUUAUCCUGAGGUAAUCUUAGCCAGCUGGUACCGAAUUUAUACCAAAAUGAUGGACUUGAUUGGUAUUCAAACCAAGAUGUGCUGGACGGUGACCCGAGGAGAAGGGCUCAGCCCCAUUGAGAGCUGUGAAGGAUUAGGCGAUCCUGCUUGCUUUUAUGUGGCAGUUAUUUUUCUUUUAAAUGGAUUAAUGAUGGCUUUGUUCUUCAUAUAUGGCACAUAUUUAAGUGGCAGCCGGUUAGGAGGCCUGGUUACAGUGUUAUGCUUCUUUUUCAAUCAUGGAGAGUGUACCCGUGUGAUGUGGACGCCUCCUCUCCGUGAAAGCUUUUCAUAUCCAUUCCUUGUACUUCAGAUGUUGCUUGUGACACAUAUUCUCAGGACUACAAAACUUUAUAGAGGAAGCUUGAUUGCACUGUGCAUUUCCAAUAUAUUUUUCAUACUUCCUUGGCAGUUUGCACAAUUUGUACUUCUUACUCAGAUUGCAUCAUUGUUUGCGGUAUAUGUUGUGGGGUACAUUGAUAUAUGCAAAUUACGGAAGAUCAUUUAUAUACACAUGAUUUCUCUUGCACUUUGUUUUGUACUGAUGUUCGGAAACUCAAUGCUAUUGACGUCUUACUAUGCUUCCUCUUUGGUAAUUAUAUGGGCUAUCCUGGCAGUGAAACCUUAUUUGCUGAAAGUAAAUGUAUCUGAACUUAGUUUGUGGGUUAUACAGGGAUGUUUUUGGUUAUUUGGGACCAUCAUGCUCAAAUAUCUGACAUCUAAAAUCUUUGGCAUUGCAGAUGAUGCUCACAUUGGCAACUUAUUAACAUCAAAAUUCUUCAGUUACAAGGAUUUUGACACUUUAUUGUACACUUGUGCAGCAGAGUUUGACUUCAUGGAGAAGGAGACUCCAUGGAGGUAUACAAAGACAUUGCUGCUUCCUGUGGUUCUUGUAGUGUUUAUUGCAAUUGUUAGAAAGAUUAUUAGUGAUAUGUGGGGUGCCUUAGUUAAACAACAAACACAUAUAAGAAAGUACCAGUUUGAUCAUGGAGAGCUGGUGUAUCAUGCACUGCAGCUGCUAGCGUAUGCAGCGCUGGGUAUUUUAAUUAUGAGGCUAAAACUCUUUUUGACCCCGCACAUGUGUGUCAUGGCUUCCUUGAUCUGCUCAAGACAGCUAUUUGGAUGGCUCUUUUGCAAGGUACAUCCUGGUGCAGUUGUUUUUGCUGUUUUAGCAGCAAUGUCAAUACAAGGUUCAGCAAAUCUUCAAACUCAGUGGAAUAUUGUUGGAGAGUUCAGCAAUUUACCACAAGAAGAACUUAUAGAGUGGAUCAAAUACAGUACUAAACCAGAUGCGGUGUUUGCAGGAGCCAUGCCCACGAUGGCAAGUGUUAAGCUGUCUGCUCUCCGGCCAGUUGUGAAUCACCCACAUUAUGAAGAUGCAGGGUUGAGGGCCAGAACAAAAAUUGUCUACUCAAUGUAUAGCCGAAAAGCAGCUGAAGAAGUGAAGCAGCAGUUGAUGAAGUUGAAAGUCAAUUAUUACAUUCUAGAAGAGUCGUGGUGUGUCCGAAGAUCUAAGCCUGGUUGCAGUAUGCCUGAGAUCUGGGAUGUGGAGGAUCCUGCUAACGCCGGGAAAACGCCGCUGUGUAACCUCUUGGUGAAGGAGUCAAAGCCUCACUUCACUACUGUAUUCCAGAACAAUGUUUACAAAGUGUUAGAAGUUAUAAAGGAAUGA